AUGGGCUCCGAGGAAUCUUUGUGGACCCCUGAGUCCGUGCUCUCUACCCUCCCCCACCCAAUUGAGGAGAACUCUACAUCACCCGUUCCUUUCUUCCACUUGAUCGAGCGUCUCAAGACCACUAAGCGCGAAGGCUGGCGCCGCUUCGGAAUCAACGGCGAAUCCAUUUCCGACCACAUGUACCGCAUGUCGAUCAUGACGAUGAUGGCCCCGCCGUCUCUUGCAACCAAGAUCAACAUCCCGCACUGCACAAAGAUGGCCCUUAUUCAUGACAUGGCUGAAGCCCUUGUCGGCGAUAUUACACCGGUCGAUUACCACAUCACCAAGGCCGAGAAGGCCCGUCGUGAAGGCGCUGUCAUGGACUAUAUCACGAAGACCCUCCUCGGCAAGGUUCCUGGGGGCACACUUUCAGGCGCAGAGAUUAAGAGCGUCUUCGAAGAAUACGAGGAGGAUGUAACUCUGGAAGCCCAUUUUGUCCACGAUAUCGACAAGAUGGAGCUGCUUUUGCAGAUGGUGGAGUAUGAGCGCUCUAACAAGGUCGACCUCACUGAGUUCACCCAUGUUGCAUCUCGCAUUCGCUUGCCUGAGAUUCAAGCUUGGGCUGCGGAAAUCAUUGCAGAAAGACGCAAGCAAGAGUAA